AUGGCUAUAUUCGUAAGCUCAAGAAGUAUACCUAUAGGGUAUAGUACGCCUGAGUUUCCAUCAAUCUUUUGGCCCAUAGGGGCCACCAGGCCAUCGUACUUGAAAUCAUUUCUAUACUACUCAUGGGAUAUUUGGAGAUUCACCGUUUUUUGGUCAUUAUUGCUUUCAGGGGGUCUUUAUUUCUGUGUUGGUGUAUUAUCUUGCUGCAGCAGUAUACUUAAUAGUCACAGACACAAUACACUUCACAGUUUUAAGGCUUUUACUUGCGUGUUUAUUUUGGUGUUUUACGUGUUUACUGGGCUAUUAAAGGGAUUCAUAGGAGGUGCAAUCAUUGGAGUUAUCCUUGCUGCUAUAUAUCAAGCUGGAAACUUGACUAUGAGUUGUUGGAUUCCGUUGACAUGGGCAAUUGCACAAAUAUUGUAUGAUAUCGCCUCCUCCUAUCUGAUAAGUUCAGUGAUAUUGUAG